AUGGAAGCAGUUGCUUUGCAUGAUUUCACGGCUAAUCAUUCCAACGAAGACGAAUUACCUUUUAGGAAAGGAUCAAUUUUGAAGGUAAAAUUCUAAAUCAAUCGUUCUAAAAUCUACGGUUUCAAUAGCUUUACUUGUUUUCGUGCUUCUCAAGAGGUCGGAUAUAAACCCGGUCUCAUUAGAACGCGCGUAACUGAUAUUUUUCGUAGUAACAAUUGCUUGUGCGUAGUCAAAGUCUACUUUCAUAAUGUCCUUAAGAUCGAGGACAAAUCAAGGACAAAUGUUAUAGCACACAGAUGACUCCCGAUACCUCGAACCAACGCUAACUCCAUCCUCGUGCUAACUCAAACCUAGCCUCCCACGCAGGCGUUUUUAUGGGAGCUCGUAUUUCUUCCCUCCCCACAAACGCCUGCUCAACAGAGGACAACAUUCCUUUCCCUUCCUUUCCCACGCUUAGCCAAUCACGUUUUACUUUCCAAAUUCUGGAAAGUUGACCUUGACCGCAGGGUAACCCGAUAAUCACGCGAUCUGCAUGAAACUUUAAGAAACCUUCAUGACCUCUAAUAAAUGUUAGUCUCAGAGCGGCGAAAGUAAGAUUUACUCAGUCAGAUUUUAGAAUUCUCUGUGCACUGCAUAACCUUAGCGAACGAAAGAAAAGAAGGAAAAAGGUAACUCUAGGGUCACGUUCUGGGUCUCGUUUUUUCACUAUCACAAGCUUAUGAGUCAUGUUUAGCCUGUCAACACUUUAUUUAAAAACCGUUGAUUGGUCACUUACCACGCGAAUGCAACAAUGGGAAAGGAAUGUUUGUGGCGAGGGAAGAAAUACGAGCUCCCCUAAAAACGCCUGCGUGGAAGGCUAACUCAAACCAAAAUCGAUUUCCCCAGGAUUUCCUGGAUUUUAGUAAUUACACCCUCGAUAACUCGAACUCUCGAUAACACGACCUUCCGCUAACUCAAAUCCUCGAGAUAAUUUUUGUUUCCCUUCAGAAUGAUCAUCUCUAUUUAAUUUUACCCUCGAUAACUUUAACUAUGAUUUAAAGGGACAGGUUUACGGUUCAGCGCAUGCUCAUUUAUCAAAAAUACUGUUUUUUCAGCCGCGAUCGUCUAUGCAAGCAAUAUGAUCAUGUCAUAACUUGAAGUCAAAGAACCAAUCUACACACUCCCCUUACAGCCACUUUUCAACAGUUUUUGCGUUGCAAAAGGCGCGAAUUAUUACGUAGCCAUAGCAAUGGAGAUCUUUUCACAGGUGAAGAUAUCAUGUUUUCGCGGGACAGCUCACUUGGUAUUUCACUGGUGUUUAUAUAGUGGUGUUUAUAUAGUUACCAGAUGGUUUUCUAUGAUUACGAUUCAAAUCAUUAUCAUCAAGACUUGUUAUAAUUAAGAGAAUUUAUCUCGUUGAUUUCGCAGCGAUUCCGACUUCCUUACUUGUUCAGUCUGCGUAGCUAUAGCUAAGGGCUUCUAGAAACUUUCAUUAGGAGGAUAAAUAUAAAUUGUUAAUUUCUCUAUUCAGAUAUUGAAUAUGACCGAUGACAAAAAUUGGUACAAGGCUGAGCAGAGUGGAAAAGAAGGUUUUGUACCCAAAAACUACAUUCAAAUGAAACCACACAGGUAGGCUUGAAGGGUUGAUGAACAUGAGAAGGUUCGGUAGAUGUACACAGAUGUGGAAGAAACAGAAAGGAUGGGGGGAAAGAAAAAGAUACGGUAUUGGUGAAAUCGUGCCGCAAGAAAUUUUUGCGGGAGUCUAUUUUUGAGGAUUGGCUAGUUUUUGUGUUUUGCGGGAACUAAUUUUUGCGAUUUUCGUAACGUCCCGGAGAAAUCAUUGAUGAUAUUUUCGUUUUUAUUGAGUACGUGCAAUGGAAAUACACAUUUUCAAACAUACUACGGUGUGCGCACCCUUUGUAAAACCAGUGCAACAGAUAAAUUACUUUAUUACUUUACUCGAUGAACCGCUCUGGGCGCUUAUUAAACUAUUUUUGGAUCUUUAGAGUGGGCGAUUAUUCGAGGUGGGCCCUUAUUCGAGGCUGGGUGCUUAUUAAAUUUUCACUAUUUUCAGCAAGUGUAGUAUGUUUAUUUUGCAACAAAACAAUAAAUGGUAAUAACAAAACGCGAAGAUGUAACAAAACAGAGUUUCUGUAAAAUACUCUGAAAAAAACUCCGUCUUGGGGGAACUCUGUCACUAGCCCUUAUUAACCCUAACGAAAGAGGAACUGUCUUUUACAAGGAGAAGUCCGGACACAUCUACUUUUGGAGAGAAUGUAUUGCAUGCAAUUUUAGGUUAAAACAUCUGUAAAUCCAUGUUUUUUCUAAAAUUUCUUCUCAUACUCUGAGAGGCGUAGUACAUAUCGCGAACCCAAUUUAAGUCAGACCAUUGUAUCAGGUGGUCGCUUAAAAGAGAUAAAAAACCAUGGAAAAUUCUAAAAGUAAAACCGUUUUUCCAAAAAGUGGUCACGAUCGCGUCGCUUACGAGAUGUGGUCGUUUACGAGAGGGUUCCAACAAUAAAAUGCUUGGACUGGGAAAAUUGGGUGUUUUGGAUAUAAAAAAGUGGUCGCUUAUGGGAGGUGGUCGCACAUGGAGGUUCGACUGUAUACAUUUUGGUAAAUGCCAUAGCCAACAAGAAAGCAAACAUCCAGCCAAAAUAAUAACAGUUGUUGUUUAAGCUUUGAUUUUUUGGUUGUCUUACUUAAUAACAUUUUUUAUUCCAACUAUUUAAGUUGGUAUUAUGGAAAGAUAAAACGACCUGAAGCGGAGCAGCUGCUUCUACAGGAACCACACGACGGUGCAUUUCUGCUUAGAGACAGCGAAAGCACAGAAGGUAAAGAAACACACAUUUUUCUUACUACCUCAUUGGUAUUUAGUUUCGCGGGUACUUAAUUUCGCGAUUUCAACUGCCAAAUAUGAAAAAAAGGCAUUAAAUUUUGCGAUUUCGCAUUCUCGAAGUCAUUUAGUUUUCAAAAAGUCUGAACUUUUUAAAAAAUUCUAGAUAAACUGGAACAAGUAAUGUGUGAAAUCUUUGCAGUUAAUGUCAUUUCACAACUGAAGAUAGAAAAUGAAACGUAGCAGUAAAAACCAGUUAACAAUUUGUGUAUGUGUUCAUACAUACCCUAUAUAUGUUGUUGCUAUUACAUACUCAUAAAUUUUUCUGUGCUUUGAAUUUUCUACAUGGGUAUUAAACUUUGGGUGCUUAAAUUUCGCGAGGAUUUAAAUUCGUGGGUCUUUAAUUUCGCAAUUUUUUUUACAACCGCGAAAAACGCGAAAUUAAGUACCAAGGUAAACCGAGGAUUCUUUAGCAUUGGUAACUAAUAAAGAAUGAAGGCUGGUGAGAUCUUGGAGAACUGUAUCUUAAAGACACUGAAAAAAAACCUGGAGCCAGUUGCACGAAGGCUAUGGAUAUUGUUGUCCAAAAGGGUAAUUCUUCUGCCAGUGUAUAGAUUUUGUAUGGAUUUUAUCCGAGGGAUAAUGAUUAUAUUUAAUCUGAUAGAUAGCGCUAAUCGGCUUUUGUGCAAGCGGCUCCUUAUAUUCAACCUCUUUCCCAGAGUCCUCUCCUACCGGUCCCGACCGGUAGGAGAGUACCCUGGGAACGAGGUUGCCUUAAAGUUAAGAAUAAUCACAACAGGAGAACUGGCUUAAGGCGGCAAACGUGGUCACAUUAGCUGGCUACUUUUUUUUUUGCGUUCGAUACUGCGUGCUUAGUACUAAAACGUCAGCGUAAAUUAUUGAUGUUUAAUAACAACACGUACUGCAUGAUUCUCUCUAUCAUAUUUCUUUCUGUAUGUACGUUAAUCUUAAGGUGGCUCCGUAAUUAAUACAAGAGCAUUUUGCUGUGACAAAUUUUCCGUCAUAACUUUUUGGUUCUUAACGCGAUGGCUGCGAAACUUUGCAAAGAACAACAUAUAUCAUUCGGCAAUAACACGGAAUAUUCCGAUUUCAUUGAUGGUGAAUAUUUCUUGAGAAAUUAGCGUUUAAAAGGACCCUACUGUUCGAAGAAAAUCGCGUCUAGUAAAAAAAUUUGCUGAUAUUUUUUACUGAAAUUUCUGGUAUCGGCUUUAAUUGAUAUAAUAAAUAUGCCAGAGGAAUUUCAGAAAAAUCGUUGGAGCAGAAGUCCGUAACUAAAAGUCGCUCAAAAUUCAGCUGUGAAAUUGUCUUGGAAUUUCAAAAAUAAAUUACUGUCAGGAAGAAGGAGCCACCAGUUUGAAUUUUCGGGACAAGUAAAUUCAACGUUUGCUAAUUCUUAAAGCAAAAGCCGAUUGCCUAUCGUGCUAUUCUUUAAAAGGUACUUUUUAGUUUUAGAAGCACCAUAAAUUGCUCCAAACCUUGUUCUGAAGUAGAAUGACUUGUUCUUCGACAUUUUUAAAAUAUCCCUUGGCAGUUUUGGCUCAAACUCCUGCUGCAUACGUUUUGAUGUAUUGCAAUGCAUUUUGAACGACUUUUACUGCUGUUCGUUGCUUCCAACUCAAGAAAAAAGUAUUGAGAUUGGACGCUACCUCGUAUCAGAACUCAGAUAGAACUGUCCAGCACCUUUGUUUAUGACUACAAAAUGAGCACGAGCGGCAGUUCUGCGAGGAAUUCGCACCUCACCCAGGGGGGACGAACGACAAUGAUGACCAUGCCUGUGAACCGAAUAACAUCACAGUGCAAAAUAGAAUUAUCGCCAAAAUACUGCCCGCGAAUAAAUUUACAACUCUGAAAUUUUUGUCACUUCUUCGUUCAAUGAAUGGGUAUUUUUUUCUUGAUUAUUAUGUUUUGCUCUGCAAUACAUGUUUAUACAGAUCCGUUCACAGACAUGGGCAUCAUUGUCAUUCGUCCCCCCUGGCUGAGGUGCGAAUUCCUCGCAGAGCUGCCGCUCGUGCUCAUUUUCUGGUCAUAAACAAAGGUGCUGGACAGUUCUAUCUGAGCUUCGAUACAAGGUAGCUUACGAUCCCAAUACCUUUUUCCUGAAUUGGAAACAACGUACAGCAGGAAAAGCCGUUGAGGAUGCAUUGCAAUACAUCAAAAUGUAUGUAGCAGGAGUUUGAACCAAAACUGCCAAGGGAUAUUUUAAAAAUGUCGAAGAACAAGUCAUUCGACGUCAGAGCAAGGUUUGAAGCAAUUUAUAGUGCUUCUAAAACUGAAAAGUACCUUUUAAAGAAUAGCACGAUAGGCAAUCAGCUUUUGUUUUCAGAAAUAGCAAACACUGAAUUUACUUGUCCCGAAAAUUCAAACUGGUGUCUCCUUCUUCCUGAUAGUAAUUUAUUUUUGAAAUUCCAAAACAAUUUCACAGCUGAAUUUUGAGCGACUUUUAGCUACGGACUUCUGCUCCAACGAUUUUUCUGAAAUUCCUCUGGCAUAUUUAUUAUAUCAAUUAAAGCCGAUACCAGAAAUUUCAGUAAAAAAUAUCAGCAAAAUUUUUUACUAGACGCGAUUUUCUUUGAACAUUAGGGUCCUUUUAAGCGCUAAUUUCUCAAGAAAAUAUUUACCAUCAAUGAAAUCGGAAUAUUCCGUGUUAUUGCCGAAUGAUAUCUGUUGUUAAUUGCAAAGUUUCGCAGCCAUCGCGUUAAAAUCGAAAAAGUUAUGGCGGAAAAUUUGUCACAGCUAAAUGCUCUAGUGUUAAUUACGGAGCCACCUUAAGCUCUCUAAUAGUGCACGCUUGAGACUGACUGCCAUCUCUUAAAUUCCAAAUCAACUUCUGCUUACGCAUUAGCCAGCUUUAUAAUGCAGUAAAUAUGGAAUAGUUAGUUCUUUAAUAAGUGAAAAUUCAAGUUAUCACUGAUCUGACUGGUUAUUCUGGUCUGUUAUUAAUUCAUUUCUUUUGUCAAACUUUUAUUUGUAGGCGAUUUUUCCUUGUCAUUAAAGUAAGUACGAUAAAUGCAGAUUGGAUAAAAGCCCAAACACAAGGAGCAACACUUUCUGCAACAUCCCGUACAACACAGUUGCAUCAUAUGUGUCCACCUCUGCAAAGUUGCGCGUGAUAGCGCAGAGAAUAUUGAAGGCCGGCACACACUACUCGCUGUAGCACAACGGCAAGGACAGGUCACAUUGCACGAGGGGUCUUGCACGUACACGCUGGAGCAACGCUUCUUUAACUAUUCUGUCACUGCGCCCCGAGUUCAAAUAUAUUCAAACAUUUUGAAUUUGUGGGACACGUCUCUAAAUUUCUCCGUCCACACAGGGAGAAUUAGCUUGCAUAGCAGACGCCGGUUUUUUAGAGCAAAGGGUGAAAUUUCCAACACGCGCGCGCGCACGAGAGAAGAAAAGAAGGGGAGACCUCCUCUUCCCUUUGCGUGUUUCCCACGCGCUUUACAACAGCUAACCAAAAAACUAACCGGCGUCUGCCACGCAGGCUACGGGAGAAUAGUCUCUGCAACAUUUGUUACCUAGUCGUGUUGCAGCGACUUGUCCCCCAGUGUGUACCGGUUUUGAUAAAGAUGGAUUCGAUUCUACUGCUGCAACAGCUACGCGUGUUGUUGCAUACAACAUUGCAGAAGUGGACACUGAUGCAACAUUUUGUUGGGGGAAGUUUUGGGCGCAGUGUAGCAGCAAAAGUUGGUCCGUGUGUCCAGGCCUUAGUAAAAUAAUACCACAAAUCUGUGUUCAUUAUUGUCAUCCGCGCCCGUAUUUUUGAAUGGGUCACCUGUGUUGUUUGGCUUCCUGUGCAAGGUGAGGAAUGGGAAAACCUACGUAGCACCACUCAAUUGAUGUAAUGUAUUCAUAAAAUCUGUUUCAUUCCAAUGUUCCUCUAUCCAUUUUAUUAUGUGUUUUGCACUAUUAUUAGUUUAUGAAUAAAUUACAGCUGGUUGCUACGUAUUGGUUUUCCUAAAAUGACACGGCGUGCUUGCCGAGAGGUCUAUCACGCCUUUAAAAAAAUUCUUGUGAAAUUCUGGUUAAACGAUCUUUUGCACCAAAUAAAGAACGAGAGGGAGCGUUAUAUGGGGUCUACACUUUAUCCACCGACAUAACGUGCUCCCUCGUUCUAUAUUGAUUACGUAAAUUUUUUUUCACCUAAGUUUUCCUGCUCAUUACUACACUUCAAACAAUUAUAUAAUGAGCCUUUGUAGCAAAGUUAAAGUGCAACCUCGUCCCACAGGGCUUUUUUCUAGGGCUUUCUUCUUUCUUUCUUUCUUUCUUUUUAGGGCUUUCUUCUUGAAGGAAAAGCCCUGGCCAGGGACGAGGUUGACUGGGUUAAGGUGCUAUUUCUUGUACUGUCGAACCCCGCUUUACGGACACCCGUGCUUAAUAGGGACACCUCGCCAUUACGGUCAGUUUUCCUUGUCCCUAGCUCUUGCAAUUUCUCUAAAUGCAACCCGCUUAAUACGGACACACCGUUAAUACGGACACUUUCCAUGGCCAUCUCAAUCAGGGACACCCAACGUCAAUUUUCGGAAAAUAUCUGUUCGGAAGACGAUUUGAGAUCCAGAAUUUUCGGAACAUUUGUUGUAAAAUUUCUUGCUUGAUACUUCCUGGGAUUUUCAAACAUCUAAAAAAUGGAAUAAUUGCCCAUUUUUGACAGAUUUUUAACUUAAAAAGGUCACCUAGAAUUUUCGGGAGCCUUUUUUCUGGCUGAAAUUUUCGAAAAGGUAAGUUUUGAAGCCUAUAAUUUUCGGAUCACUAGACUUUCAGCUAGGAAAUCCGAAAAGAUGAAAAAUUUUUAGGGGAUAAGAAUAUCACUAUAUCUACCGUUUAAAUACUAAAAUACGUUCAACAAUGCUAUGUUUAAGUGGUUUUGAACUAUAUCCUCGUUGGGUGCCCCUGCUCAGUGUCCGUAUUAAUUGAUGGGGUUUGACUUUAGUGAUUUUAGCUUUGUGCCUAGUCUCUUUUUAAACCAGUAGAAUUAGUGGCUUCCAUUUUGGAGUAUGUUUUAUUGAUUGAGCCACGAGCACCAAGAGCUCACCAAGUGUAGAUGAUCUACAAAAUAAAAUUCUGUUGUUCUUUUUUUACAGGUUUAAUAACCAAGUACAACACUUUAAAGUCCUUCGAGAUGGAGCAGGGAAAUACUUCUUAUGGGUUGUUAAGUUUAAUUCCCUGAACCAGUUGGUGGAAUAUCAUAGGGCAGCGAGCGUAUCCAGAUCCCAGACUAUUUACUUAAAGGAUAUGAUAAAUGCACACGAGGUAUUGAGUAUUCACGUGUCUGACUAUCGCUUAACAUUUGCAUACAUUGAUAAUCAUUAAGGCAACUCACAUGAUGUCUGUGUAGACUACGAGCAGUCUCUCUUUUUUCUGUAGUCCGUCAAGCAAAACGCGAGACACGCAAAUGGCCACGCGCGGGACUGAUGGCGCGAGAAGGGACCUUUCGCACGUCUCGCCGCUACGCCGCUCCCCGCGCGUGCAUUGCUCUCACUAAAUCUGACUAAAAAGAGAGACUGCUCGUAGUCUAUGUCUUGUGUUUUAAGGCCGUUAAGUUUUAAGCUACGUGCAAACGGACGCAACAACUCCCAACAUUGUUGGGAGUUGUUGCGUCCGUUUCACGUAGGGUUAGGAUUGAUACAUAUAAUAACGAGAGUGCAAGGCGCAAAAUGGAAUGAUGGUUAAAAAGGUUUUUUUAAAUGUAUACAUUAAGUGCUUAUAAUUAUAACUAUUGUUACUAUAAUUAGUCCAUUACAUCCGUGCACGGUUGUUAAUGUAAUAUGUGAUGAGGGAGCUUAUAGCGAUUGGACGAUAACCCGACAGCUGAAUUCUAAGCCCAAGUUUCCAUGCAACAUGCCAGUGACAUUUCAAAACUCUUAACCAAGCCAACGGUUUCAUAAAGCAACGUGCAAAUGGACGCAACUCAACUACUUCCAACAAUGUUGGGAGAUGUUGGCCAACAAUGUUUCGUCCAUUUGCACAGGGCUAAAAGUUGGACAGGUUUCAAACUUUUUAUUGCGCAACAACUCCCAACAACACGCAAUACGAAACAGGGUCUGCAAACGGACGCCACAUGUAACAUCCAACAAUGUUGCUUCCGUUUGUACGGGGCUUAAGAGGGGGAACACGGGGGAUCAUGAAGGGGUAUAGAUUGCUAUUUAAGGCUAGGAGCCAAUUACCCGGAGUCUCCAACUUCCAUAGAAGUCCUUGAAGUCAAUCCUUUCCCGUUUUAAUUUAUUUACAGGAACAGCUUACGCAGGAUAUUUUUCACGCCAUCUUAGUAAUAACCAGUCAGACCAGCGUUUGUGCAGAUGACCGCGGAAAUAAUUUUUUUUUUUUUGCGGGAAUUAAAGUUCUAAGAAUAACUUAAAGCAGAAAAGGGUUGACUCAAUAGGUCAUGGUAGAUAAUGGAGGCUCCGGGAAAUUAGCUCCUGUUUAGGCUAAUUUCCAGUGGAGGGUUGGGAAAUUUCAUUCGCAUCACUAAGGAGGGUAGACUCAUUAUUUCAUGCUAAUUUCUGAUCCUAAUAACAUGUUUUUAAGGUGGGUCGUGCUCUGUUUGACUUUGUGUGUCAGGAAGAAAACGAACUUGCCUUUUCGAGGGGAGAUUUAAUCAAGAUUACAGACACAAGUGAUGCUCACUGGUGGAACGGUAAAAUAAACGACAGAGAGGGUAUGUUUCCAGCAAAUUACGUGCAGGUGAUCACAACGAAAUAG